AUGGCAUGUGUUAACAUGUACAACCCGGAGCACCACCAGUCGUCCUUCAUGGCGCCGCGGAUGUCCUUCUCCAGCGACUUCGCGCUGGAGCCGCCGCCCGCGUCGGCGCCGUCGGCGCGCGGGCCCGGGGACGCCGACUUCGAGUUCUCCGUCGGCAGCCGCCCCAUGAUGGCCGCCGACGAGCUCUUCUCCAAGGGCCGCCUCCUGCCGCUCCGGGAGGCCCCGCACGGCCAGAGCGGCCGGCCCACGACGCUGCGCGAGGAGCUGCGCACCGACGACCGCCACGGGCGCGCGCCCCGCGCGCCCAACAUCCGGUGGAAGGAGCUGCUCGGCUUCAAGAAGGCGAACAAGAAGGCCGCGGCCGCAGCCGCCGACGCCGGCGCCAGCACGUCGUCGGCCGAGGCCCACACGGAUCUUGGAGGUCACGGAGGCACGAGAGAGUGA